AUGAUGUCAAGAGGAAAAAGACUUGUCUCUUUAGUGAUUAAAAAUAAUGAAAUUGAUACUGAUAUUUCAAGCACCAUAGUGUUUCCUGAUCAUGCCAAUACUUUUAUUGAAUCUUUGCCAUCCUGUUCUAAUUAUCGAGAAGAAAAAUAUAUGGAUGACGAUGUUGAAAAGGAAUUAGAGAGUUUAUUUGGCGACGUUUCGGAUACUGACGAUCCAACUUACCGCUUGCCGGAAUACUCCCAUCAGCUUGAAAACGAAGAUUCUAAUGGACUUGUUACAUUAAAAGAUUUACUUGGAAAUAAAGAAAAUGAAAGUGUUCAGUAUUUUGAUAUUCAAGAAAUACAGAACAAUAUUGAAAUUAUUGAGCAAAAUAAAGUCCAAUAUCACGAAUCAAUGGUCGUAGUUGAAGAGAUUUUGACUGAGCUGUUCAAAAAAUCUUGGUUACUUAUUGAACCGUCGAAGAGGUGGCGAAAAUCGAAUCCAAACAACUGGGCUCGUAAUGUGGCUAAAAAGAGACGAGCAGAUGGUCUGCCUUACCAAAUCAAAGCGAAAUCCAGGCCUGCUAAGGUGCCUAAAAACAUUGAUUGUUCGUCAUGUCAAUAUAAGUGCCAUGAUGCCUUCGAUAUGACGACUAGAGAUAGUAUUUGCAGAUAUUUUUGGAAUUUAGACUUUCAGGCUAGAAAGAAUUUUAUUUUAUCUAACGUUACCAUUCCACAACCAAAACGAAUUCUCUCUGUACGCAAUCGACAACGACCAGAAAAGAAAUAUACAAAAAAAUGUUUUUUUACUAAACAAAGUGAUAAAAUUCAAGUAUGUCAGAAGUUUUUUUGUCGUACUUUGAGUAUCUCCCCUGCAGUAAUAACUGAUGCAACACAGAAACGAAACGAUCUAAACUGUUUUGAUGCGAAAGAUCGUAGAGGAGCACACGAGCCGGUCAAUAAAACGAAACCUGACAUUAUUCAAGGGAUAAGAAAACAUAUUGAGUCAUUUCCAUGUAUGGCUGCCCAUUACAGUAGAAAAGAUACUCAACGCAAAUAUUUAGAUAAAAAUCUUAAUAUUCGAAAGAUGCAUUUAUUAUACAGAGAUGAAUGUUUAAAAAAUGGUUCUGAGCCAGCUUCAGAAAUAACCUAUCGCAGAAUCUUCUCAAAGGAAUAUAAUCUUAGUUUUUUUGUACCCAGGAAAGAUCAAUGCUUAGUUUGCACUAAUUAUGCUCAAGCUGAAACAGAGAAGAAAAGAGAACUUGAAGAUGCUUAUAAUGCUCACCAAGAAAGGAAGAAAAUUUGCAAUAGAGAAAAAGAGAAGGAUAAAGUCAGAUCAAACACUGAUGAACAUUUUAGUUCUGUAACAUUUGACUUGCAAUCAGUACUCCAAAUACCCUCCUGCGAUGUAGGACUGCUCUAUUACUCUAGAAAGUUGUGCGUAUACAACCUCACGAUCUACGAGGCUGCUUUACCCAAUAACGCUUAUUGUUUUUCAUGGUCAGAAGUAAACGGACGGAAGGGUAGCUCUGAAAUUGGUAGUAUACUGUUACACUACCUCUCAAACUGUGUCCCUGAAAAUAUCAAAGAAAUAAGCUUAUUUUCAGACACUUGUGGCGGGCAAAACCGUAAUCAAUAUGUAUCUGCUUUACUUCUUUGGGCAGUGCAAAAAAUUAACAAUCUUAGAGUUAUAGAGCAAAAGUUUCUGGAAUCGGGGCAUACACAAAUGGAAGCAGAUUCUAUGCAUAGUAGCAUAGAAUCUGCUAAGAAAAAUAACUCUGUUUUUUCUAUGAUGGAUUGGAUUUCUAUUUUCAAGCGUGCUAGACGUAGGCAAACCAUAAAAGUUGAUGGGAAAAAAAUAAUAAGAGAACCAUACCGAGUAAAAGAAUUUAAAUUUGACGAGUUCUUCGACCUAAAGCACCUUGCAAAUACUCUCAUGAAAAAUAGAACAAAAGAUGAUAAAGGAAAACAGGUUCAGUGGCUGAAGAUAAAGCGUAUAAGAUACGUAAAAGGAGAAGUCAGAAAAAAAUUUUUCAACUAUGACAUGAGCGACAAUUUUAAUUUUAUAGAGAUUCAAGAAAAAUCAACGUCUUCCACAUUCCAAAGUGGACUUAAUCACGCGUAUUCUACGCGAAACAAGAAGCGGUCUACUGAAAAUUAUUUAGCAGCUGUUAAUCUUCAAUUUCCAGACCAAUUAAAUCGCCUCUAUCAAGAACAGCUGGAAAUAAGCGAAGCCAAAAAGAAAGAUCUAAUUUCUCUUUGUAACAAACUAAUCAUACCUGAGGAGCUUCACGGUUGGUUUAAAGUUGGUUUAAGCUUAAAAACAAGCAAACAGAUUGUUGACAAAUUACCUGAACCAGCAGUUGAUGAAGUUGAAAGUGGUGAAGAUGAA